UGCAGAGUUUUCCAUCUGAUGAAGGCUGGCCAUUUGCAAAGUACCUUGGAGCAUGUGGAAGAAUGGUAGCUGUGAAUUAUGUUGGGGAGGAACUCUGGAAUUUCUACAAUGCACCAUGGCAGAAAAGGGUCGAUCUUGCUUGGCAGUUAAUAGAGAUUGCAGAGCAGUUAACCAACAACGAUUUUGACUUUGGACUUUAUCUUUUGGAUGUCAGCUUUGACAAUUUUGCAGUGGGACCUCGGGAUGGAAAGGUCAUCAUUGUUGAUGCUGAAAAUGUUUUGGUGACAGAUAAAAGAUUAAUCAGACAGAAUAAACCUGAAAAUUGGGAUGUGUGGUAUGAAAGUAAAUUUGAUGACUGUGAUAAGGAAGCCUGCUUGUCUUUUUCAAAGGAGAUUUUAUGCACCCGUGCCAGUGCUGACCAUAAUUACUAUGCCAUCUGUCAGAACCUUCUGUCUCGGCAUGCUAGCUGGCGAGGCACAAGCGGUGGACUUCUUCAUGAUCCCCCAGAAGAAAUUGCUAAAGAUGGUAAACUUGAAGCCUUGCUGGAAGAGUGUGCUAACCCAAAGACAAAAUAUGGCCGAUUCCAGGCCGCAAAAGAAUUGCGAGAGUAUCUUUCACAAUUAAAUAAUAGUGUGAGGUAGUGUGCUAUUCCAUCUGGUUAAUAUGUAAGCCUGUAAACAAAUGUUGCGUAACUGGAGGAAUUCAUGACCAAUACAUUUAGAAAUAUUAAGAAGUUGCUGUCAGUUUCUGUGAAACUCAUUUGAUUUGCAGCAGUAUGAGACUUGCUGUCCAAGUUGGCAGACAGCAGUUAUGGUUUACCUCUAGUUUUAGCCUGGCUAUUGCCGACUCUUCUGGAAAAAUUCAGAAGAAAACCAAUGAAGAUAAAAACUGACAUCUUAAUUGUUGGUACAUGUGUUGGUGAAAGGGCACUGAACAGAACACUGCAUUAGAGCCCAGGUGUGCAAGGCUGAGGAAUUUAUUAAGGAAGGUCAGAGUAGUGUUGACAAUGUCUAAAACAUUUUUUAAAACUCCUCUUCACUUCCUGUAGGUUAGACUUAAUUAAUCAUGUCAUAAAAGUUGUCAGUUUCAAAACUUCUUUUUCAAGCACAAGUUAUAACAGACUUACACGUGACUGAAGUAGUCCGUCCUGUAUGUCUAAGGGACAAGAUUCCCAUGUUUUUGGAUUGUUCUUAAAAUUGGUGAUGAAUUGUAAAUUUACUACGUGUAUUUCCCAUGCAUGUAUAAGAACAGCACAAGCUAUGCACAUGCUGUAUCCAUCUGAGAUGCAUCUGAUAACAAAACUUAGAUUUUGCUUUCUGCACACAUAAUUAGUUUCCAUUUCAUAUUAAACCUAACUGGAUCGAUCUUUGCCAUUACUGGUGCCCUAGUGACUAGGGAAUCCUUUUUUGUAGUGGAGAGUUGUGCAAGCAGAGAUAAUCAGUCUUUUGUAUUGAAAUAUUUUAGAAGUAAACCUGGAAUUUUUGUAGACUGAUUAUAAAAAAGACUGAACCUUAGAACCAGUUGCUAAAUUGCAACAUAAGCUGUAUGUAGUAGCUGAGCAUAUACCAAAGAACAUGGUUACAUGCAACACAGUCCCACAGGCUGGUUUUAAACUAAAUUGUUGCUGUGAAGUUGUGAUUACAUUGAUCUUUAGUUAGAAAACCUGUUUAAACUGAGUAAAGGCCUUCUGUCAAUACUGUGCAUAGACUCCUUGUUUAUGGCAUAUGAUUCAUAACACUGUUUUAAAAGUUAUACAUGGUGUGUGAUGUAUGGUCAUCAAGUAAGGUAAUAUUUCAGAUUUUGCUGAAUUUAUCCAGUUGCCGUUUUUCUUUACUCCAAGGGUAAACCUAGCAGACGUUUGUUUUGGAAUCUUGUUCAGUGUAUGUAAAAUGGCACCAAUGUUGACUUUAUUGUGGGAGGCCUUCUACCAAAUCAAGUUUGGUGUGGACAUUUAUGAUUAACUUGCUGAAUUCAUCGCUAAGAAAAAUUUUAUUUUACCGCUUCCUCAGGAUGUCAGUCCUAGUAAAGAUGACAAACUGUAACAAAGUGUAAUUUCUAGUUUGAUUUUCGUUUGGUAGAGGUUAUUAAACUCUGUUUUUGUUAAAAUUGCAAACAGAUUGCAGGUUAAUUGAUAAAAGAAAAUGGAAAAAAAAUCAUAUGCCUUCUGGGUCCUUUCCUUCUGAAUGUGCUUCACAGAUGCAUUUUGUACAAAUUCAGUUAGUUACAAACGUAAACUAUGAGUACUUGGAAAGCAAUAAAAUGUUUCUUAAUCUGAGUCUGUUAGAAAAAAAUGUUUAUUGUACAAAAGCAGUUUAUUUUUCUGUUGUCCAUUAAUAAUGGCACAUUUUGGGAGAUGCUUUAGAUCAAUAUUGGGGGGGGGGGUUUGUAUGUGUAUGAAAUUGUCAUAUUUUGUACGGUUUGUUUCUAUUUAUCUGAAAUGCCUGAUUCCCUGUGCCUUUAUAUCAUAAAGUUGUUCAUACAACUUUCAGUGGUAUUAGUAAUAAAAAAUAAAUUAAUAUAAA